UGCAGGGCGGAAGGGCGGACCUCUGCCUGGGGGAAAGCCGAACGGAGUCGUGGGAGAGCCGGUUGGAACGCCCGCGCGGGGCAGGGUGUGUGGGUGCGCACACGCGCUACGGCCGCUGCCCGAAAAUGCACUCGGAUGCUGCGGCUGUCAAUUUUCAGCUGAAUUCUCAUCUAUCAACACUGGCAAAUAUUCACAAGAUUUAUCAUACUCUUAAUCGGCUGAAUUUGACAGAAGAUACUAGUCAAGACGAUCACCAGACAGGAAAUCUGAGGUCUUGCAGUUCAUCAGACAGUUUUAGCAAAGUGAUGCCUCCAAGGAAAAAAAGGCGACCUGCAGCGGGUGAUGAUCUGUCGGCUAAGAAAAGUAGACACGAUGGCAUGUACAGAAAAUACGAUUCUACUAGAAUAAGGUCAGAAGAUGAUAUGUUUUCAAGUAAGAGGUGCUUAGAAUGGUUCUAUGAAUAUGCAGGGACAGAUGAUGUUGUGGGUCCUGAAGGGAUGGAGAAGUUCUGUGAGGACAUAGGAGUUGAACCAGAAAAUGUAGCCAUGCUUGUGUUGGCUUGGAAAUUGGAUGCUCAGAACAUGGGCUAUUUUACAUUGCAAGAAUGGCUAAAAGGAAUGACAUCCCUGCAAUGUGAUACAACAGAGAAGCUAAGGAAUUCUUUGGAUUACUUGAGAUCUUUAUUAAAUGAGCCUAUGAAUUUUAAACUUAUUUACAGAUAUGCAUUUGACUUCGCACGUGAAAAGGAUCAGCGAAGCCUAGAUAUCAAUACUGCCAAAUGUAUGUUAGGACUUCUCUUAGGAAAAACAUGGCCCCUUUUCCCAGUAUUUCAUCAGUUCCUAGAGCAAUCUAAGUAUAAAGUUAUCAACAAGGACCAAUGGUGCAAUGUUCUGGAAUUCAGCAGAACCAUUAAUCUUGACCUCAGCAAUUAUGAUGAAGAUGGAGCAUGGCCAGUGUUGCUGGAUGAAUUUGUGGAGUGGUAUAAAGAGAAACAAAUGACAUAGGAAUUUUAACUAUGCACAGCUGCUCAAGAGUCUUUGUUACUACAGUUAAUGUCAACCAUUAGCCAUAAACUGCUCUUUGUAUAUAAAGCGCAUGCUGCUUUUCCUGCACUGUAUCCCGUUUUCAGGGAUCUUUUGGUGUUUGCUGUUUAACAGGCCAGCUCUGCUUGCUGUGUACCAUUGUUCUCUUCGAAGGCUGCUUUGCAUUUUGUCUCUACACUACAGAUGGUAAAUUUACCAGCAUCCUCACUGUGAUUAAUGUGAAUAUUGCUGUCUAAACUUUGUAUAUGUGUAUAAAAAAAAAAGCUUCAUCUAGGAAUGAUUUCAGCAGAAAGGUAUUGUAAAAAUUUUGUUGCAUUUCUAGUUGAGUCAAGUAACCAUGUAACUUAAUUUUUAAUUUUCACUUGGUCCUGGGCAUAGCAUUUCAGGGAAAGUGAUUGGUGGGAUGCUUGUCUUGUGUGAGACUGUUGCUAGUUAGCUAGCAAUCAUUGUCUUAGGAUGCCAGUCUUUGAAAGGAAAUCUUGCAGUACGAUUUCUUUGCCAGUGCCCAACUUCAUUUUUAUUUAAUAAGCAAGCAUUGGCUGCCUUUUUAAUUGAAACUCUUAUUAAAAUUGUUACAGCUUGGACAGAGUUGAACAUGCCAUAGUAACUUCCGUUUGGUGAUAAUGCUGAUUUCUUAAUAUUCAGAUGCUGUAGUUUGCUAAUAGGUAUAGGUGAUCUAAUUAAACAUCUGAUUAAAAAGGGUUUUAGACUUGUAAUGUGGCAUAUUCCUUUAUUUUACUGUUGUUCUUGUUCCCAGAGUGUUUGGAUGAUCUGGAUUAAGACAGAAUGAAGUCUGUUUCAAAACUCAGCCCAAAUGUAUGAAUGUGUUUCAGAGACUGGAAUCAAAUCUUAGCCUGAAAACUCAGCAUGGCUGUAUUUAUUCCAGGGAUUAAAUUUCUUGGCAAAAUGCCAGUUAGGAACAACAUCUACUCUAAUCAGCAACAUUACUAUUUAUUUGGGAUCAUUUUAUCUGUUUGGACUGGAAAGUUCAAAGAAGCAGAUGAAUGAGAUAACUUGGAUGUCACCUUUUUCAUCUGUCUUCAUUACAGAAUUCAAUAUACAUUUCUAUAAAGAUUUGCUAAGGGGGUUAUAGACAUGUUGAAAAUGCAUUCAAAAAUCCAUUGGUCUUUGUUGAAUCAACCAAGAGUUCAUUGUGGAAUUUGCAAAAAAAUAUUAGCUUGCCUUUUCCUUUACAGAAAGUUAAAGCUACAUGAACAUUCAGAAUUUAGGAAUCUAAGUUAAGCAUAAAUAACAAAUUGGUACAAACCACUUAUUUUUAUUUUUAAAGCAUGUAUUUGGAAAAACAUAUAUAGCCUAAACACAUAUAGCCUCUUUAGGACUGGAUACUUCUAAACAAAUGAACAAAAUAAGAAAAAUAAAGGACUGGGAUCCAAAGAGGUCCAUGCGCAAAUGUGAUUCUGCCCAGAACAGGAGGUGUGGGCACUGAGUGUUUCUUCCUUUUUGAUGACUUCAUGACCUUCAGAAGCUUGGGAGCAGGGAUUGAAUGGGGCAGGGUUAUACAAGCUUUUGCCCAAGUAAUAAGACUAGAAAGGCCAAGUGGAUGCAGUGCAACAGGGACCUUUCACAGGGUAUCACUUCUGUUGCCCAUGUUUGCCAAAGUACAGUUUGAAGUUGGCUGUGCAGUUCCCUUCAGCUAAUCUCUGCUGAUUAGCUGAAGGGAACACCAUGAGCCAUCUAGGCUCCCUCCAAUAUCCCCUGACCUACAUUAUUAUUAUUAUAUACACAUCAACGUGAAAUCACAGCUGCCAGUUCUUUAGCUGGUGUUGGCCUUCAUUCACAUUGAGUUUUUCCCAAGAACCUAGGAUGUCGUAAUGUAUCGGCCUAGUAUAUGUGUGAAUCCAAACAGUGUGGCCUUUUAUAAUUGACAGAUGGAAAUUUUGUCAAUGCACAGAUUUUCAAGGCUUUUUGGUAUGGCACCCAGUGUGCCGAUAACCAUUGGAGCACCACAGCCAGUUUAUGCCAUAAUCUUUCAACUUCGAUUUUCAGAUCUUGAUACUUUGUGAUCUUCUCCAGUUCUUGGU